CCCGGCGCCUGGGGGAGCGGCAAGAUGGCGGAUGGUGACGGCUUAGGUGAAGCAGCGACUGCUGCGGCGUCUCCUACAGCACCAGCUCCCGGCAUGAGCCCGCCGCUGGGCUGGAGGGAGCGCCUGCGGGCCGGGCUGGCCGGCACUGGGGCCUCGCUGUGGUUCGUGGCCGGGUUGGGGCUGCUUUACGCUCUGAGGGUCCCGCUGAGGCUGUGUGAGAAUUUGGCAGCGGUGACAGUAUUUUUAAAUUCAUUGACACCCAAAUUUUAUGUGGCACUUACAGGAACAUCUUCUUUGAUAUCAGGACUAAUAUUUAUAUUUGAAUGGUGGUACUUCCAUAAGCAUGGCACAUCUUUUAUUGAGCAAGUAUCUGUAAACCAUUUGCGACCAUUGAUGGGAGGAACAGAAAGCAGCAUUUCAGACCCAGGUUCUCCUUCCAGCAGCAAAGAAAGUGAAACCAACAGACAGAAUUUGUCAGAAUGCAAGGUAUGGAGAAAUCCCCUAAAUCUUUUCAGAGGAGCAGAAUAUAGGAGAUACACUUGGGUGACUGGUAAAGAGCCACUUACUUACUAUGACAUGAAUUUGUCAGCUCAGGAUCAUCAGACCUUUUUUACCUGUGACACGGAUUUUUUACGUCCUUCAGACACAGUUAUGCAGAAGGCAUGGAGGGAAAGAAAUCCUCCAGCUCGAAUCAAAGCAGCCUAUCAAGCUUUAGAAUUAAACAAUGACUGUGCCACUGCCUACGUUCUACUGGCUGAGGAAGAAGCAACAACUAUUGUAGAUGCUGAAAGGUUAUUUAAACAGGCACUCAAGGCAGGAGAAACAAUUUAUAGGCGGUCACAGCAGUGCCAGCACCAGAGUCCUCAGCAUGAAGCUCAACUGAGGAGAGAUACCAACGUACUGGUAUAUAUAAAAAGAAGACUGGCAAUGUGUGCAAGAAAAUUAGGAAGAAUAAGAGAAGCAGUAAAAAUAAUGAGAGACUUAAUGAAAGAAUUUCCUCCUCUUACCAUGUUAAACAUCCAUGAAAAUCUCCUAGAAUCACUUUUAGAAUUACAGGCCUAUGCAGAUGUUCAAGCAGUCCUAGCAAAGUAUGAUGAUAUAAGCCUUCCAAAGUCAGCAGCAAUCUGUUAUACAGCAGCACUAUUGAAAACAAGGACUGUUUCAGAUAAAUUCUCUCCAGAAACAGCCUCCAGAAGAGGAUUAAGCACAGCAGAAAUUAAUGCUGUGGAAGCAAUUCAUAGAGCUGUGGAAUUUAAUCCUCAUGUUCCAAAAUAUUUGCUAGAAAUGAAAAGUCUCAUUUUACCUCCAGAACACAUUCUGAAACGGGGUGAUAGUGAAGCAAUUGCCUAUGCGUUCUUUCAUCUUCAGCACUGGAAGCGAAUAGAAGGUGCUCUUAAUCUGUUACAGUGUACGUGGGAAGGCACUUUUAGAAUGAUUCCAUACCCAUUAGAGAAAGGCCAUCUAUUUUACCCUUAUCCCAGCUGCACAGAGACUGCUGAUAGAGAGCUAUUACCUACGUUUCAUCAUGUUUCUGUUUACCCAAAGAAAGAGCUUCCUUUUUUCAUCCAUUUCACAGCAGGACUGUGUUCUUCUACAGCAAUGAUAGCUCUUCUCACACACCAGUUUCCUGAAAUCAUGGGUGUUUUUGCUAAAGCUGUUAACCUGGUAUCCAAACAGCACUUUCUGCAAUGCAUUAUACCUAAAUAUUCAAAGCUAAUAGAAAUGAAGACCGACAGGAAGGAGAGGAGGCAGGCGAAGAGACUGCUGAUCCCAGGGACUGAGCUCUAUUGAAUUGAGGAGAUGGGAGCGGGAGAGACCAGGGACAGUGAGUGAGUAGCAGCAGAAGUAAGUGGGGCCUUGACUGCACCAAAUAAAGUUCUCGUAUUGUUGCUUCUUCCAAAGGAAUUAGUUUCUGUUUGUAUAAUGUAGAAUGGACGUCAGUUGUUUAAACCCAAUCAGAAUGCAGAGGCAAGCUAAGGAAGAAGAGGAAAAAUUAAUUGCUUGGCCGUCGCUCCUUUUUGGAGCCACAUAGCCUCUAUAGCGGGGCUUACAUAGACCUCUUUUCUCUCACUAUCCACCUCACUUUUCAAAUCUCUCACUCUGGAUAGCUUGCUCUUCUCUUUACCAUUUACAGGAAAUUGUAAAACUUGGGCCUUUAUGAACUAGAAUUUGGAGCCCAGGGAAAAACACAGAGCAGUAUGAGAUGCCAGCAGAGGCCCACUUCCUUCCACAGGGUAAGAACCAACAGAGAAUAAGAUACUAGAACACAGGUGGAUUUAGCUCAGGUUGAUUUGCAAUGGCAGGCCUAGGCUGUCAUUUAUGUGCUAACCUGGAUGUUCUUGUGAGAGCUGGAGCUAACUGGCACCUGAGGCUCCUCCCAAUGGCCCAGCGUACAAGACAGCACCCUCUUGUAAUUCUUUCAACCCAAUUCUUGAGUUUAGACUGACUAUGACCCCCUUACCUUCCCACUACCCUAGAGCUUUCCUCCUCUUAAUCCCAGCUCAAGAUGUCAGAAACUCUUCUUUUCCCCUCCCAUUUCCCCCUCCCUAACCCCACCAUUGGCUCAUCAGUUAUCCAGUUGACUCCACUCUGCAAGGAAGACAUUCCCCUGGCCUGACUCACUCAGUCCCGUUUCUCCACAGGAAUCCCCUCACCGCAGACCACAAGGGCCCUGACUAGCUCAUGUUUUGUGUUAAUGGAUGUGAAACCGGAGCAAACCCCCUCACCAAGAGAAAAACCACCCUAAACUCUCCCACACAGGUCUCAGCAGGUUACACAAAUAUUAGUCCUAUCAUCCAAAUAAAUCUGCCCCCAUGGCCCAGAGCUAUGGCUCCCCCAUCCUCUUGCUGCCUGUGUGGAGUAAAGCUGCUCCACAAACAUGGGAGGACCCCAAGGGGUGCUGGAGAGGAAUUCGGGAAAGGAGGGGCCUGCAUUCAGAAUUUCUUGGUGUAGGUGCCUUAAUCCACAGCCUGCUGUCAAUACUCGGUAGUCCCGAAUUGAAGAUUCUGAGAAAAGUAAUGGUGAGCUAAACCAGGGGGGGGCUUCAGUAAGAGGGUCUGUUACCUGGAGUUUGGGGCAUAAUUAAAACUCAAUGUCUGAGAUAAGUUCAUGCUCUCAUUUUAGAGACGAGAAGAUAGAGGCUCAGAGAAGUUGGGUUAUCUUGCUCAAAAUACCAAACACAGUCAACUGGCACAGCUGAGAUUUCAGCCCUGCUCUGUCGUAACUGCAGAUUCUGCUUCUUUAAAAUAUCAACGGGUAAGAGGUGACCACUGUCCGAGUUACAUAAAACUAGGACACCAUGGUUUCUGGGACUCUCUGUCCUACCCUCUAGCUUACUAAGCCUGCUGUCUCUGGAAACUCCACCAUGCAGGCUUCGUUCGGCAGUGGGUAGGAGCACAGGAGGAGCGCCCCUGUUUAAGCAAAACAUGGGGUGAAGGAUAAUAAUCACCAGGGCUUGAAGAGUCACUAAAUAAAGACUUUUUGA